UUCGCCGACGAAUCUUUCUCAAGAUAGACUUCCGGAAUCGCAUUGCUCGAAUGGCGGACACCGUGGUUAUCGUUUCUGUCAAGUACAAUAGUUUUGAUUCUGUAAACUCAUGUAAUAUUAGCGUAUCGGAUGUAUUAGAGUGGAGAAAAGUCGGGUCGCGCGAAAAAUCGAAAUAUUUUACAUCUACUCGGUGACUACUUUAAUGAUCGGUAAAACGGUCGUGAGCACCGGUAUACCUGCAAGUUUUUGUUCUGUCAUACACACGCAAGAUAAUAAUCACCAUUUCUAGCGGGAGGCACAAAAGGAGAGGAACUUGAAAUAUUUUUCAGAAAAUAUUACGAAAAUACGAAAGAGCCCGUAAACUAUGCGAAUCAGAUGAUUCGAAGGACUUUGCGAAAAAGGGAAAUAUCGCAGAUUUGAGUUAGUUCCCAAUUCGUGUCGUUAUGACGUACCGAACUUCGUACACGCGAUCCUCCUUUAGCUCAAUUUUCCUUUCCUUGGAUUCGCAGAGAGAUAUUAAUUAUGUAUUUUUCAUCGUAUUAACAUCCUCUAUAUGAAUUCUCAACGUGACUGCGUGUAAUCUAAUAGAAUUACCAAAUACUCUGUGUUUCAUCUUAUUUACUCACGCCUAAUGAAUAUCGAAGCAAACACCAUAAUAUUUCAUAUAGUUAUGGAGGAUAGUAUGAGUGUAAAGUCUAUGGAAUCAGUGGCAACCAGCGAUGAAUAUGAAUUUGUGAGUGACAAAGGUACUACCAAGCAACAACAAACGUUACUUGAAGCACCGAUGUUAAAAAUUGCCAAUAACGGAAAUUUAGAAGAUUUGCAAAAUAAUCUUCGUGAGGUAUUAACGGAAGAUUCAAAAAUGGAGGGUAGAGAUUACAAAGUAGCAAAUCCUGGCCAACAAAAAGCUAAGAAAGUAGGACACAGCAAAUUUUAUGACGUUAGUUCCUGUAUAAAUGGUACAGAGAAGCAAGAUGUAAUGAAACCUGAUGAUUUCGUAGAGGAGGGUUUGUAUGUUUUAGAAUUAAACACGUUAUCGCAUGUUCAACAAGAAUGCACAAUUUUCAAUGGCGUUACAUAUCUGGGAGCUGCAGCAAUAAAUGCACCAAAAUCAGAAUGUGAAAUACAACGUAAUAUGAAUAUUUUAAAUGCCGAACAAUCUCUUAACCUGGGUAUUAAAAUUUCAGUCUCUGUACCAAGUAGUUCCCAAGGUUCUGUUGUUUUAUACGAUGCUGCCACUCAGCAACCAAUUGCCCAUUAUGAAGUACAACGAAUUUUAUUUUACGCGCGCGGAGAAAGUUCUGGACUAUGCGCUGCAUGUUUCGCUUUCACAUGGUCCCAUGGAGAUACUUUGGAAUCUGCCAUUUAUCAAUGUCAUGUUUUUCGAUGUAAUAUACCAGAAGCAGUUGGACAAGUGUCAGCUUGUUUCUCCAAAGCUUUUCACAGAAUACCACGAUCAAUGACAAAUUCUUUGACAGGGAGUGACUUUAAUAAUUAUAAUUCAGGCGGUGAAAAGGUUAAUUCUCGUGUAUUUAUUUUUGAAGUUACCAUGGAAGUUAAGGAGGAAGAUGGAAAAGGUGGGUUUAGUACUGUUCCUAAGGACAGAAAUUGUUUCAAAUUUCGGAGUAAUAUAGCAAAGCAAGUUUGUUUGAGUAUUCAACAAGUUUCCAGUAAGGAAGGAGGUAUUACUCUUGAGGUUGAAAGAUGUUUUGGUGUUCUUGUUAGCCCAGGACGUAAUGUGAAACAUAGUGAUAUGCGAUUACUUGAAAUGCAAGUUAGUACUGGUCCAAUAAUCCAGGAUCGAUGUUACAAUAUAUGUGGUCAGUGGGAUCCAGCUGAUCCAGCUUUGGAAACUCUUAACAUAGAUACACCUAGAGAGGGCAAAAUAUUUAUGACAGUAGCAGUUGAUUUAGUUAUACGAGGUAUUAGGGAACCUGUCAGAUUCGUAAUCGAAACUCCUGUUAAAGUAUUUCCACAAAAUGAGAGAUUUUGGUACUUUAAUAAGAGAAAUUUAGUACAACAAUUUUAUCUUAACUCCAAAGAGAUAAUAUCUGGCGAUGGAAGUGAAGUUCAUUACGAGGUGCAAAGUAUAGAAACAUCAGGAGAAUUAGACAGAAAUAGAUUAAAUCUUGCUCUUAAUUUAGCUUCCUUAAUCAGAUCGCCUUCUUUGACUAGCAUCGACACUUUAACCCCUAAGGAGGAAAUAGAUUCAGAUGGAGAUGAGCCAAUGUUAAGCGGGACAGGAGAGGUAUCGAAAGAUUGUUCUGCAGGUGAAUUGGCAAGUUGGGGAGAAGUUUUAGACAGUUGGCAAAUUAAUGAGCAACGUCCGAAGCUUCUAAUAAAACUCACAAAACAAGGAAUUCCUGAAGCAUUGCGCGGUGAAGUAUGGCAACGUUUAAGUAAUUGUGACAAUUCCCAGGAAAUGAUGGACAAGUAUAGAACACUGAUUACUAAGGAAAGUAGCUGUGAAAGUGUUAUAUUGAGGGACAUCAACAGAACAUUUCCAGCACAUGACUUCUUCAAAGAAACCGGUGGUUUAGGCCAAGAUUCUUUGUACAGAAUAAGUAAAGCUUAUGCAGUAUAUGAUGAAGAAGUUGGAUAUUGUCAGGGUUUAAGUUUUUUAGUUGCUAGCUUAUUGUUACACAUGCCGGAAGAACAAGCCUUUUGUGUUCUGGUAAAAUUAAUGUACGAUUAUGGUUUGCGAGAUUUAUACAAAGACAGAUUUGAUAAUCUUCACAUGAGAUUUUAUCAAUUGAAUCGUUUAAUAGAGGAUCAACUUCCCGAACUUUACAAACAUUUCUGCGAUCGUGGUGUUGAAACACAUAUGUUUGCAGCACAAUGGUUUUUGACUCUAUUUACAGCUAGAUUUCCAUUGUACCUUGUAUUCCACAUUCUAGAUGUUUUCCUCUUACAAGGACUCGACACUCUCUUCCAAGUAGCUCUCGCAUUGUUAAUGUUAUGCAAAAAGGAGUUAUUACAACUGGAUUUUGAAAGCAUUUUAAAGUACUUUAGAGUGCACUUACCUAAACGCUGCAGAAAUGAAGAAAUAUCACGUUAUGUAAUGAAACUGGCCUGUUCCGUUACAUUGAAGAAAUUGAAGAAAUACGAAGCAGAAUUCAUGACACUAAAAGAGGCUCAAGAAAAUGCAGAUGAAUACAGUAAUGAGGUGGAACAAUUAAGAGGUACAGUUGCAAGAAACGAGGAAGAAAAGCAGAGAUUGGAAGCAGAGCUUGCUCAAGUUAAAGAAAUGCUGCAGCGUGAGGUAACAAGAGCAGAUGCAGAGAGCCGUAGAAGUAAUAUUAUUAUUGCUGAGUAUAAACAGAUUUGUCAACGUUUGGAAGAUGACUAUAAUGCUGCAAAAGCAACUUUAAGUGAAUUACGGUCUAAGGUAUCAAGGUGUGACAAAUGUAGAACAUGCAUAAUGGAUUCAUCUAGUAUAUUAGCAGAUAUAGCACAUCCUUUAGAAAAUCGAAUUGACCCUAUGUUGCAUAGAGUACAAGAAAGAGUAAGAGAAUUAGAAUUAGAAUUGGCACAGACAAAAUUAGCACAUGUGGAAGCAGAAUGUAGAAAUCAGGAUUUGACACACCAAUUACAUGCAACUGCUUCUGAACUUCAAGCUGCAAGAAAUAGUUGGCCAUGGCUCAGUAAAACUUUAUCUAGUAUAAAGGAAGCAGCAAACAAGCGAGAUGUUAUAGGUCCUUCGUCAUUAAGAGAUUUAAGACGUGAAAGUACUCCAGGAGAUGACGUACAUCAUCAUAUAAUAAGUUCACGUAGCCGUGAUAGUCGUGAUAGUCUUAAGGAAAUGGUUUAAUAUGGUAAGUGAUCUUCUCAUGGCAUGUGCAAUUAUACUUGAAUAUUGCAUUUAAAAAUUAUGAUUAUUUCAAUGAAAACAUCACAAUAACAUGAUUUUUUUAAGUAGGCCAAAGUAGUAGAAGAAAUAUAUAUACAUACAUAUAUAUAUAUAUAUAUAUAUAUAUAUAUAUAUAUAUAUAUAUGCUAAUAUUAUGAAAUUUAUUUGCUGCUGAUAUUGUGAAAUUUAUGUAUUCGUUAUAUUAACAUAACGCAUGCAUAACGUACCUAUAACUAAUGCAGCUGUAUUAUCUCCUACACUAAUGUUGUAUUAAUUUUUUUAUUUUUAAGAAAUUAUUUUUUAAUAUGCACAUUUAUUUUUAUAAGUUCUUAACAUGUUAGAUAUUAACACUAAAAUUACAAUUUUUUUUAUUUUUCUUUUUUUUUUCGUGAAAUUACAUAAAAAAGAGCAUGGUGCAAAUUUUCGAAUAGUUCUAAAUAUAGAGUUAUAAAUUACAGAGUUAGUCUAAUUGAAAUAUUAGUGCUUUUGUCCUUCAAUUUAUAGAAGUGACCAAGAUCUAAUGAGAAGAAACCUAAAUAAGCAAAUAAUUAACUUUAGUCAAAUUUGCAUAAAAAAGUUUCAUUAUAAAAGUACAUAAAGAAUGACAUUGUGCAUGCAGACAAAAGAAACUAUUCACAAUAAUAAAUUAUGGAAACGAAAAUAUUUAUCCCAUGUUUUCUAUGGUAUUUAUUUAAAAUUCGAAAAGUGGAAAAUAAAAAUGUUGCGAGAAAUGUUCACUCAUAUGUAUGCAUAUGUUAUAUGUCUAAACUAAAAUAUAUAUACACAUAAUUAUUUCUUGGGCUGUUAAGGAUAUUUAAAAG